AUGCAUCGCGUCGGUGGACAACUUGUCCGCGGAGUGACGAAAGCUCAGCAGAAAAGAUCCCUUUCGGCAGCCGCGCCACCGAAGAAGGUUACUGCUUUGAUUUUUCAGUAUAUUUGAUGUAUGCUGUGUUUCUUACAGGUCGAGGUGUUCAUUGAUGACAAGAAGGUGCUCGUCGACCCGGGCAUGACUAUCCUGCAGGCGUGCGCCCUCGUCGGAGUCGACAUCCCCCGCUUCUGCUACCACGAUCGUCUCUCGAUUGCCGGAAACUGCAGAAUGUGUCUUGUGGAGGUGGAGAAGAGCGUGAAACCGGUAGCAUCUUGCGCGAUGCCGGUAAUGAACGGAAUGAAGGUGAAGACCAAUUCGGAUUUCGUGCGCAAAGCUCGUGAAGGAGUCAUGGAGUUGAUGCUCAACAACCAUCCACUCGACUGCCCGAUUUGUGACCAGGGAGGAGAGUGUGAUCUUCAAGAUCAGGCCGUGGCCUUUGGAUCCGAUCGUGGACGUCUUCAGUCGGGAUUCGACGGAAAGAGAGCAAUUGAGGACAAGAACAUCGGACCACUAGUGAAGACCGUCAUGACUCGUUGCAUUCAGUGCACUCGCUGUGUUCGUUUCGCUAACGAAGUCGCUGCCUUCCCAGAUUUCGGAACGACCGGACGUGGAUCUGACCUCCAAAUCGGAACCUACGUCGAGAAGUUCUUCGCUUCCGAGCUCUCUGGAAACAUCAUCGAUAUCUGCCCGGUCGGAGCCCUCACCAGCAAGCAAUACGCCUUCACUGCUCGCCCAUGGGAGACCCGCAAAACGGAAAGUGUUGACGUCAUGGAUGCCACCGGAUCGAACAUUGUUCUUACGCACAGAACCGGAGAGCUCCUCAGAGUUAUCCCGAAGGUCAACGAUGUGAGUUGAAGAAAAACAACUAGUAAAAUUGUUGCCAAAUUGCAGGAUAUCAAUGAGGAAUGGCUUGGCGACCAGUCUCGUUUCGCCGUCGAUGGACUCAAGGUGCAACGUCUACUGACGCCAAUGGUCCGUGGUACCGACGGACAACUGAAGCCGGCCACUUGGGAAGAGGCUCUGUUCACUGUCGCCGCCAAACUGCGCGAGACUGGAGCCGAGCAGAAGGCUGCUGUCGUCGGAGGACUCAAUGAUGUCGAGUCUCUCGUCGCCCUCAAGGAUCUUUUCAACCGAUUCAACAGCGAGAACGUGAUGACCGAGGAGGAGUUCCCAGAGACCAGCGGAGGUUCUGAUCUCCGUUCAAACUACGUUUUCAACGACGGAAUUGCUGGAGUUGAGAGCGCCGAUGCUAUUCUCCUCGUCGGAACAAACCCACGUUUCGAGGCUCCGACUUUGAACGCCAGAAUCCGUAAAUCGUUCCUCUACACCGAUGUUCAGAUUGGUGUGAUCGGAGCGGAAACCGAAUUGACCUACGAGUACGAUUACCUCGGCGCCUCUGCCAAGGCCAUCGAUGAUGUAUUGGCUGGAAAAGGAGACUUUGCGAAGACCCUCGCGUCUGCUAAAACUCCACUUAUCAUCGUCGGAGCUCAGGCUUUGAAGGGGGAAGCUGGAGUCGCUCUUCUCGGAAAGCUUCAGCAGUUGGCCGACAAAUUGUCCGCUGGAAAGCAAGUUAAGGUACUCAAUGUUCUGCAGAGAUGGGCUGGUCAGACCGGAGCUCUCGACGUCGGAUACAAGACCGGAACCUCUUCGCUCAGAAAAACCCCUAUCAAGUUCCUGUAUCUGCUCGGUGCCGACGAAGGAAAGGUCACAAAGGCCAACCUCGACCCGUCCGCAUUUGUCGUCUAUCAAGGACAUCACGGAGAUGUUGGAGCUGAGAUCGCUGAUGUCAUUCUCCCAGGAGCUGCGUAUACUGAGAAGGACGGAACUUAUGUGAACACAGAGGGACGAUCACAGAGGUAAUCAGAUUCAGAUGAACAGAUCAACUAGUCUUUUUUCAGAGCCUACCCGGCUAUCUCUCCCCCAGGAGAAGCCCGUGUCGACUGGAAGAUCAUCCGUGCCGUCUCUGAAGUUGCUGGAAAGUCGCUGCCAUACAGUGAUUUGAAGGAGAUCCGACAGAGACUCAAUGAGGUAACACUGACAACACGCCUACUGUCGUGCAUUGUUUGUUUCAGAUUGCUCCUCACCUUCUCCGGUACCGCGACCUCGAAGCUUCUCCGUUCGUAAAGCAAGCUCUCCAACUCGCCCAAACCUCCGGAAGCGUCGACGUUGACGUGUCUCCGGCUCUUCGCGAGCUUGCCGAUUACUACCAGACGAAUGUGAUUGCCCGCAACUCACGCAGCAUGGCGCAGGCCAAGAGAGCUGCCAUUGAGAACAAGACGAACCCGUACGCUGAGGAGCCGAUUCACGCACGACUCUAA